UUACAGAAGCGAUUUCUCGGUGACAUAGUCAGUUCUUUUGCUCUGCGUAUAAUUCACAGUGAUCGAUGAAUUACACUCCUCUCUUUUAUCAGUACCGUCAUCGGUUUGCUUGCUGGUUGUUUUCGACCGGUUCUGUAACGGUUGCCAUGGCGAAGUUGCACAUAUCGGUUUUUUUGAAUUGCAAGAGAUUUCACAAUAUACCUAACAGACGCGCUAUGACUGAUAGUGAUUCAAUAAAAACAUACGACUAUCUGGUAAUUGGUGGUGGUUCCGGAGGUAUCGCGAGUGCUCGUCGCGCUGCUGAAUUCAAAGCAUCUGUGGGAUUAAUUGAGGAAGCGCAUCUCGGUGGUACAUGCGUAAAUAAGGGAUGUGUUCCGAAGAAAGUUAUGUACAACUGUUCUCGCCAUGCAGAAAUAAUCUCCAAUCAUUCCGAUUAUGGUUUUGAUGUGACACUGAAUGGAUUCAAUUGGAAAAAAAUGAAGGAUAGCCGUGAUGCAUACGUCAAACGUUUAAAUAGAAUAUACGAAUCAAACUUAUCCAAUUCACAGGUUGAACUGAUUCGAGGAAAAGGAUCGUUUACCGAAGAUGGUGUUGUUGACGUUAAUGGCAAAAAGUAUUUCGGAAAGCACAUACUAAUAGCAGUCGGAGGGUAUCCAAAGAGGCCUAACGUGCCUGGAGCAGAAUACGGUAUCGAUAGUGAUGGUUUCUUCCGUCUUGAUAUUUUACCCAAACGUGCGGUAGUAGUGGGAGGCGGUUAUAUAGCAGUCGAAUUAUCAUCCGUGCUGGCGGCGUUGGGAUCUGAUGUUCAUUUGUUAGUACGAAAACCAAGGGUUUUGUGGAAUUUCGACCACACACUAUCUGAGUGUUUAACGGAAUCCAUUGAUAGAGGGCCAACGAAUCUUCACAAAAAUACGGAAGUGAAGUCAGUGGAAAGGAAACCUGAUGGAUUACUUACCGUGCAUACAACUAAUGGUACCAUUAAUGAAGUAAACAGUUUAAUCUGGGCAAUUGGCCGCCUUCCUGCAACGCGUGGUUUAAAUCUGGACUAUGUGGGUGUGGAAACUGAUCAAAUCGGCAAUGUAAUUGUGGAUGAAUAUCAGAACACAUCGACCAAAAAUGUUUACGCAGUAGGAGAUUGCUGUGGAAAAGCACUAUUGACACCAGUCGCAAUUGCCGCUGGUCGGUGUCUUGCCCACAGACUGUUUAACAACGAAAUAAACAGUCGUUUGGAUUACGAAAACAUUCCGAGCGUUGUGUUUAGUCAUCCACCGCUAGCAACUGUUGGGCUUACAGAAGCGCAUGCUGUCGAUCAAUUUGGGAAAAAUAGUCUUAAAAUUUAUAAAACGAAGUUCAAUCCCAUGUAUCAUGCUGUUACUCAGCACAAAGAACCAACAGUGAUGAAACUGAUUUGCGCUGGUAAAAACGAACAGGUUGUGGGUUUACACAUGCUUGGCGAGGGAUGUGACGAAAUGCUGCAAGGUUUUGCUGUUGCUGUUAAGAUGGGCGCGACGAAGAAGGAUUUUGAUGAUACAGUAGCCAUCCAUCCAACAAGUGCGGAGGAGCUGGUCACAAUGCGUAAUGGUACGAAACCUGAAACAACAUGAGCGUAAAUGAACCCGUAGAUAAGCUUGUUAACGCUAAGGAGAGGUUUAAAUCUGACGCAAUGUAUUUGAAAAAAAAUGAAGCAAACAAGGAUUUUUCAAUUUUGGGGCAUCUAAAUCAUUAUUUAUGCUAUAAAGGACGCAAUUCAAGAAAAAGUAUUCAGACAUUUAUUGCGUGUAUU